GAGCGCGGGGAGCUCGCGCGUGCGCUCGUCUCGCUCCGUGCGGCUGCGGCUGGGAGGCUCCCGGAGUAUGUCGGCCCCGUUUGAGGAGCGCAGUGGGGUGGUUCCGUGCGGGACGCCGUGGGGCCAGUGGUACCAGACCUUGGAGGAGGUGUUUAUUGAAGUGCAGGUGCCGCCUGGCACUCGCGCCCAGGACAUCCAGUGCGGCCUGCAGAGCCGGCAUGUGGCGCUGGCCGUGGGUGGUCGCGAGAUCCUCAAGGUAGCGGCAGGUCGGGGCUUGCGCUCGCUCACUUUCCUCCCGGCCUCUGAGUCCCCGAGUCCGAAGGGCAAGCUCUUUGAUUCUACAAUAGCUGAUGAGGGAACAUGGACUUUGGAGGACAGAAAAAUGGUCCGUAUUGUUCUUACAAAGACAAAGAGAGAUGCAGCAAAUUGCUGGACUUCUCUUCUAGAAUCUGAAUAUGCAGCUGAUCCUUGGGUGCAAGACCAAAUGCAGAGGAAACUUACAUUAGAGAGAUUCCAGAAAGAAAAUCCUGGCUUUGACUUCAGUGGAGCAGAAAUCUCAGGAAACUAUACUAAAGGUGGACCAGAUUUCUCAAAUCUUGAGAAAUAACCACUACGGUUUUGCUGCAUUCUGUGGAUCCUAGCAGAUGUUGUGAACUUAAUCAAAGGAACAGUUAUGGGGUAGAAGGAGAAUGUGGAUACCUGCAGUUAACAAAUUGCAAAAUACAUUAACUAUGGUUCUUAAAAAUUGCAUUCAAAUAUCAUUUUACAUAGGAAACAUCUUAAAUACUGUGGAAACUAUUCUACUGAUAUAUAGUAACUUUUUUUUGGACUUGUUUUUUUGCUCAGCAUGAGGUUUUAUAUGCUGCAUUUUACUAAUUUCAUAUUUAACCUGUAUUUUUAAUACAAAAAAACAUUAGGGUAUAGAUCAUGUGAAAUGACUGGUGCCUUCAGGGACAAUUAAAUUUUCUUUCAAUAAGUGUAACACAGGAAUAAUGUUCAAUAAAUUUUUCUAAAUAGGAAUUGUGUACCCCUUUGUCUAAGUAUGCCAGUUCACACAGGAAUUGUAUUACUGAAAAAAGUUUUAAGAAAGGAAGAGGUCUACAUAUUUAUUCCAAGUAAGUUCAUUUUAAGAGUUAAUGAAAAUUUCUGAAGUAUAUAUUAUGCCUUGGGAGAUGACUUUAUCAAGAAAUUGAAAAAUAGUUAGAAACCUAACAAUAGGAAUGGAUUAAUACAAAACAGAAGUAGUGAAUGAAUAUGAUUGUUGGGUGAAUCCUUUGUCAGUGACAAAAAAAGCAAAUUAUGGUUAAUGUUUAUAAGUUAGUGAUGUAAGUUUGCUCUUCAGUGAUCCAGACAUCUAAGGAAGGAUUGUCUUAAAUUUUUAUUUCAUUCUUUUUAUGUCCUUUGGAAUUUUAAAAUACCUCUCUAUGUAUUUUGUAAAGAUUUUAUUUUUAAGUAAUUUCUUCAUCCAAUGUGGGAUUUGAGCCCACAACCCUGAGACCAAGAAUUGCACACUCCACCAACUUGAGCCAGCCAGAUGCCCCUAAAAACUAUUUUUAACAACCCGAAAUGUAUAACAAAGUUACAUGUAAAGUGUAAAUAAUUGUUUUCUUCCUGAAUUCUUUAUAAAUUUAUGAUAGGACACUGCAUCAUCUCUGAGUACCAUAGUGUGUAUUUCCUUCAAAGGACAUGCUCUUACAUCACUGCAAUACAACUAUUAAAGUCAGGAAAUUAACAUUGAUAUGUUACAACCAUCUAAUCCUCAGAUCUUUAUUUGCAUUCAUGUUUAACUGAUUGUCCCAGUAAUGUUCUGUAUGGGAAAAGGAUCCAGUCCGAGUCAUGCUUUGCCUUUAGAUUGGAUGUCAGGUGUCUGGUCUACUUCAUUGUGGAACAAGUCUUCUUUUUCUUUCUUGACUUUUACAACCACAGCACUUUUCAAGAUUACAGGCUAGUUUUGUACAACAUCCCUUAUUUUGAGUUUUGUCUGAUACUUCUUCAUGAUUAAAUUCAGAUUAUGUAUAUCUUUGGCAGGGAUAUUACAGACGUGAUGCUGUAUUCUUAUUGCAUCUUAUAAUGAGUUAGUAAUUUUGAUUUGUCCUUUUUCUGGUGGUGUUUACUUAGAUCAGUGAAUAAAUGGUGUCUGUCAGUCUUCUUCACAGUAAAGCUAUUCUUUUUAGGUUUAUGAUUACUUUGUGGGAAAGUAGCUUCAGAGUACCAUCCUGUUUCUGAUCAAACUUCCAACUUAUUUAUAUCUAUAUGGACUAUUUAUGGGGACUCAUGAUUUCUCAUUUUAUUGAGUGGGGGUAAAUCUAUUAUUUCCAUUACUGUGAUGCUCACAAUUUUUCUUGAUUUGGUCAGGGGAAACCAUUCUAGGUGGCUUGUGUGUUCUUUUGACGUCUCAUCAUUAUUUUAGGAAUUUCUUAUUUUCUGGCACAAAUUAUACCAAGCUUAGGCUUUCUCUGUCCUAGCUCAAGAAGAACCCAUGUUUUUAAGGUGCUCUGGUUCUCUUAAAUGGAGAAUGGUAUUUAGAAGCUAAGAUUUGUGUGGUAGUGAGCAAUUGUUGUGUGUUUAUAAUAUAUAGCUGUAUUUAUUUCUAUAUAUUGAAAACCAUGAGUCACACUUAAACCUUAAUGGCUAAUCCCAUGUGGUGCAUUUUUCUUUUCUCCCUUUCUAUAUUUAUAAUGACAGCAGUGAGAAGUCCGAUUUCUGUUAUCCUUAAUAUAUUUGGUUCCCUAUUCUAGGUCAUCUCACAUGAAUGCCUUCCUUACUCUACUCAGGCUCCAACACCCUGUGGCAAGCAGAGAUCCUCACCUCCUUGAACCUGAACACACCUCAUUGUGGGCCACUGAAGCCCUGCCAUACCCUUUGGCAAAAUGGCUCUCUUGUUCACUUUACCCAAGAACUAGGAAUGAAUUGUUGGGGAAGAGGCUUUUCUUUUAAUUUGCUUCUCUUUUUGACUUUCAAAGAAAUUAGUAUUUUGAAUAAGCACAAUAAAAUUAACUCUUCUGUUCAUAGUUUUGUGAAUUUUUAACAUGUAGAUUCUGUUAAUAGUUUUGUGAAUUUUUAGCAAGUAGAUUCUGUUUAUAGUUUUGUGAAUUUUAACAUGCAGAGAUAUGUGUAAGCACCUCCAAAAUCAGGAGAUUGAACAGUUUAAUUAUGUUUUUUUUCUUUUUUUUUAAUGAACUUUACGCCCCAUUUGUGCUCAAACUCAUGACCCUGAGAUCAAGCAUUGCAUGCUCUACUGUCUGACCAGCCAGGCACCCCAAGAGAUUAAAUAAUCACCAUAAAAACUUAAUUCUCUCCCUUUGUAGUCAUGCCCUACUCCUAGCCUCAAACCCUGGAAACCACUGGUUAAGACUGUCUCUAUAGUUUUGUCUUUUCAAGAAUGUUCAUCAAUGGAAUCACAUGUAAUUUUUUUUUUAAGGUUUAUUUAUCCAUUCAAGAGACAGAGAGUGCAGCAGAAGGGAAGGGGCAGAGGGAGAGAAUCCCCAGGUGGACUCCCUGCUGAGCAUGGGGUCUGAUAUGGGGCUGGAUCUCUUGACCCAUGUGACCAUGACCUGAGCAGAAACUUGAGUUGGACACCCAACUGACUGAGCCAGCCGGGCACUUUGUAAUGUUUUUUUUUUUUUUCAAAAAACAACAAAACAAAAACAGAAAGCAGUUUUAUUGAGAUCUAAUUCACAUACCAUGUAUUUUGUCCAUUUAAAGUAUAUAAUUCAGUGGUUUUUAGUAUAGUCCUGUUCAAUGCAUCACCAUAGUCAGUUUUCAUUUUCAUCACUUCAAGAAACCUCGUGCUUUUUUAGCUAUCCAUUCCCUCCCUCUCCACCCUCAGCCAGGCGACCACUAAUUUGCUUUCCAUUUCAUAAAUUUCCCUGUUCUGACAUUUCAUAUAUAUUGAAUAUUAUAGUAUGUGGUCUUUUGUUACUGGCUUCUUUCACUAAGCAUAAUGUUUUAGUGGUUCAUCCGUGUUACAGUAUGCCAGUAUUUCGUUGUUUUUGUAUGACUGGACUAUUCCAUUGUAUAAUUGCUGCAUAUUUAUACACUUGUCUGUUGAUGGACAUUUGGGAAGUUUCUGCCUUUUGCUAUUAUGAAUAAUGCUGCUAUAAACAUUCAAGUGGGGGCCCCUUGAUGGCUCGUCAGUUAAGCAUCUGCCUUUGUUUCAUAUGAUUCUAGAGUCCCUGGAUGGAGCCCUGUAUCAGGCUACUUGCUCAGUGGGAGUCUGUUUCUACCUCCCCUGCGCCUGCCCUGCUUCUGCUCUCUCACUCUUUCAAAUGAGUAAAUAAAAUCUUUAAAAAAUAAACAUUUGAGUACAAG